CGUGGCCCGGGGACCCGGAGCCGCCGGACCCGGCGCUGGAGGAGACGCAGAGGGCGCGGCGGCGGCGGGCGGCGCGGAUGGAGCGGCUGCGGCGGGAGCUGGGCGGGGCGCGCGGAGCCCCCGACCGCGCCCUGACCUGGCAGGCGAUGGAGCAGCUGCGGUUCCUGCGGCGGGAGCUGCCCGAGGAGUGGCCCUUGGAGCGCCUGGCCGAGGGCUUUGGUGUCAGCACGGACGUGGUGCGGCGGGUGCUGCGGAGCCGCGGCUGUCCCUCCCCGCGCCGCCGCCUGCGGCAGGACCAGCGGGCGCUGAGCGCCGCCGCCACGGCCACGGCACCGGCACGGGGGGCGGGGGACGGGCGCGAGGUGCGCGCCCCCGACGGGACGCUGCUGUACCGACUGCCGCGAGGCUGGGGCGGGCCGGGGCCCGGCGCGCAAUAAAUGCACUUGGGGCCCGCCUCCGCCUGUGCCGCUUCCGUCGCGCUGGCCGCGGGGAUGGGCUCCGAGGCGGCGGGGACGGGCUCCGAGGCCCUGGGGAUGAGCUCCGAGGCGGCGGGGAUGGGCUCCGAAGCCCUGGGGACGGGCUCCGAGGCGGCGCGGCUGCUGGAGGCCGUGGACUUUGCAGCCAGGAAACACAAGGAGCAGCGGCGGAAGGACCCCGAGGGCACCCCCUACAUCAACCACCCCAUCGGUGCGGAACCCCCCGGCACCGCGUCCCGCUCCCGGGAGACCCCCGCAGCCCCUCUCUCCCAGCGCACCGCUCACCCCGGGACCCCUCCUGCCCCGGCGCGCUGCCAGCCCCCGGGAGCCCCUCGCCCUGGUCCCGGGACACAGCUGUGUCCCUUGUCCCGUGCCGUGUCCUUCGGGCCGAUGGCGGCAGAGCUGCCGAAGCACGGCAGCCCCGGCCCCGGCUCUAGGUGUGCCUGCCGCCCCCCUGUUGCCCUGCGGUGCGUGGGGCCCGCGGGAGCUGCCGAGGGGCCCCCGUGCCGCAGCCGCACCUGCCAGGCCUGGGGACAGCCCCACCUGGGGGGCACUGCCAGCCCCUGGGACCUUCCUGCCUGCCCAGCCGAGGAUCCAGCGCGCAGGACGUGCCCGCGGGGUGUCCCCUGCCCAGGGCUGGCCUCGGGGAAGCCUCGCUGCCCACCGUGCGGCGCAGCCCCCGUGUCCAGGCGCGGAGCUGCCUGUUCCCCGCCGCCUCCUGCCACCUUUCCGUUCUCGCUGCAGCCGUGGCCAGGAUCCUGGCGCAUGAGGCCGGCGUGACGGACAUGG